AAUUUUCAGCCAAUGCGGGGAAAACAGAAAUGUUUUUGUUUUGUUUUGUUUUACGGGUACAUUAUGAUAUAUCGUUUAACAUGAUAUACUACCUAAAUUUAAAAUGUUCCUGUUUCAUUUACAAAAAAAAAAUAAAGCUUUUAAAAUUCUAAUUUUGCAGAUCUACGGUGAAUAACGGCUUUUCCAAAACAUGAACCCUACAUCGUCACGCUAAGGAAGAGUUUCACUGUUCCUCACUUGUGUGUCGUCAUCGGCUGAUGUAGUUACUUCAUCUCACGUGACAACAACGACGGCGAACUUCUGCUCCUGUUUCACCUUAACUGUUUGCCAAGCCAGUGUUUUAUAGGUAGGUGUGGAGAUUAUGAACGGCAGUGUCACAUGGCUGUGACCGACGGCCCUCCAGUCACAAGACGAAAACACGCGAGCUUGUCUCUGAAGAGGAAGACAAGUGGGAUACGGACUCUGGAUUUAUGACUCAUAGGACCGAACCAGACAUGAGGUGGUGGGCUGACAGAAAUGAUUUGGCAGAUAUGUCCAUUCACAGCUUUGAAGUGUACAGCCGUGGUGAGCCUCUGCCUGUCCCAGGAUUCAUAGGAAGGGAUGGGGAUGUGCAGAGAUUCCCAGCCAGGUCUCAGCAGCAAACAAGAUACGAGGAAACGCAGGAAGAGCGUGAUGUAGAGGAGGAGGAGGAGGAGGAGGUGGUCUGCUACGUACAGUAUGAUGAGAUGGAACAGGUGCCUGGCCCAGCAGCUCAAUCAGACACUUUCCAGUCCCACUCCUCUGACAGCUGUAGCAUCCACACUUGCAGGUCAAGGGCCCCCAUGUCCAGCAGUUACCAGUCUGUAGAAGAAGACCUGAAGGCCAUGCUGCAGGUCCCUCCCCAGGCUUUCCUAACAGAAGAUAAUGAUACAGCAUUGCAGAAUACUACUCGCCCUGAAGUCCAGCACAUUCUGGAGCACUACAGCACAACGCACAAAGAGAGAAAUUACAGUAGGACUUGCCUCGAUUGCUCGUCCAACUUCAAGUCUAACGCAACAGUGAAGCUGGAAAAGUUUUUUAACAGAAAGCUCAAGGCAGCAAGCCACUCCCCAGACCCAGCCAACAGCUACGACAAUGAGACAGGUUUGUAUGAGAAUGUGGACAAAGCCUUUGAAGACAAGUCUGCACCUUAUUGUCCUCCUGCUCAUUCCUCUUGUUCUCUCAAACAGAAAGCCAGUCGUUGCUUUCCGGUAGCCCCCAACAACCUGGCUCGCUCCCCCUCCCUGGAAAGGAUCCGCAUGAUGAUGGACAGGACUCAGCAUGUGCAGCAUCUGCAGGCGCAGUUUGAGAAGCAGAUACAGACCAGCAAGCGCCAGCAGGAACGGGAGCAGAGGCACAUUGUGUCCAGGGAGAAAGGGAAGCAAAUGGCCCUCAAUUCGAGAGUAAAGGACAAGAGCAAAGCAAAGGGUAAGAGGUCAGGGGAGAGGAGAUACUGUCGAGAGCAGGACGUCCCGAGGGAAUGGACAGCAGAGGUUCAAGGAAGAAGGAAGGUCUGGAAGAGUGAGCAGCUGGAGUUACCUGUCGAUGCCCAGCAUGAAAGGAGCAAUGCCAGGACUGGACCCCAGGAGAAGCACAUGGAGGUCUGUAAGGCCUGUAACCUGGCAGAGCAUUUGGGCAGCUUUUCCAGAAAGUGGUGUAUCGAUGAUCGACACCAGCGGAAGGCAGAGAAAGGCAAGAGGAGCAUGAAGAGGUCUAAAGAGAAGGACCUUCAGGUGCAGAGGUGGAUGGAGAAGUGUGCCAGCGAGGAUUCAAGAAGGAACAGGUCAUCCAAUAAGUACACAAGUUGUCACAAGGGCCUGAAGCAGGCAUGUGCAUGUGAAACCUGCCACACCCUAGACAAGAAGAGGGGGCGAUCACGAGAGGCACCGAGGAAGAGUUAUCAGAACCUAAGGGAAAGCCAGGAGGAGUAUGGAUACCAACACUACAAUUGCCCAAAGGCAAGCAGGAGUUGGAUCAGUGUGAUUCCUCAGGCUGAGAGAGACUCCCAAUAUCGAGAGAACAUGCCCAAGGAUGCUAGCUGCAGUGAACUUGAUCUACAGGAUAUUCCAGAAGGUGUGUGCUUUUGCAGUAACUGCAAAAAGGGCCAGCAAGGCUCCCAUUCCCUGCACCAACACCAGCACCAGCCCAGGCAUUACCGAUACCACCCACACACCACUACUCCAAUGAGCAGGGGGCGGUCCGGGGUCCAGCUGAGUGUGCCGCAGCCUGUGACCUCUUUGCAGUGGCUCACCCAGAAGAUAAGUGCGACGGACCAGGUGAAGGAGAUCACAGGUGUGUUUGAGAGGAGGGCAGUGAGGGAUGCAGAGCCGAUAGAAAGAGAGCGGCUCACCGACCUCUUCAAGAUGAUCGAACUAAACAGGGGUAGAUGGGAUGAGGAUAGGAGAUCCAAUCAGACCCAGCAGAGGGUUAGAGAGGAGCAGCAAAGGUACAAGGAGAAGCCCAAAGCCCAUCAGCAUGUGUGCCAUAGAGACAGAAGAAAUGACAACAUAGCCAGGCUUCAGGAAGGAACCUGCUACAGCCAUACUCCUAAUCAAAGGCACAGAGGAAACUGCAUCUCCCUGACCAAAACAAAUCUCUUUAUAUAUUAGAGCAUGACAUUUGUGUGGAUUUUAUACUUCAGAAAUGUGUCCAUUUUGUACCAGAAUUUUGGUACAAACAGAAUAUAACCCUUCUAUAUA